CUCGUCAGAAAGAAGCAGAGUUACUAUCCGCUCGGACGUUGGAGGGUUAUAUUUACCCAACACUUAUUUUCAAAUGGGCCCCGUCGCCUAGCGUUUACUCCUCCCAGCCUCGCUGACCGAGUUCAAUCAUCGGGUGCUACUGAACAUCGAGCACGUCUGGGUCCCAAAAAGGUGAGGGGUUUCCAUCAAGCACAGCGUACAGUGACCAACAACACUAGGAUGGCAGCUAUUCCAGCAGGCGGUUCUCUUGUGGCGACCACUGACUACUACCGAAGGCGCAUCGGCUCUACGUCCAGUAGCAGCUCUUGUGGCAGUUCGGAGUACAGCGGAGAGGUCAUCCCCCACCAUCCAGGACUCCCCAAGCAGGACUCUGGCCAUUGGUGGUCCAGUUUCUUCUUUGGGAAGCAGCCAGGGAUGACCCCACUGACUGAGGAGGCACAGCAGAAGGCGGGGGUCCCAGGUGCGGUGGUGAAUGGGCAGAUCACCUGCGUCGCCAGGGAGAUGGUGAUGCGACGUCAGGUGAGCGAGAGCAGCGACGCAGGAAGCCCCACCUCAUCCUGAUCCUGCUGCCGCCUCACUCCGAUCCGCACCGCACCUUGGGAGGGGGAGGGGGAGGGAGUCGAUCCAGCGACCAAUGCUAGGUGACGGGAGGAUGUCCCGUUUACAACCUUAGUUUUUUUUGUUUUUGUUUUUUUUUUACUCAUCGUAGGAUAGGCUGCAUUACUUGUUUUUUUGUUACCUUUGUUUUUUUUUUUUUUUAUUGACAACCAAAAAAAAAACAACCUCGAAAAAUUAAAAAAAAAAAAAUGAUGCAACUGAUAAGCUCCUCUGUUUGUUCUGUUUUUUUUUAACAUUUGUACUGUUGUGUGUUUGUAAUACUGUGGUGAAUAGACACACUGUGGUGUAUACACAUCCACACGCCUUUUCAUCAAAACGUUUUUCACUUUUGUCACCCUGUAAUUGCAAAUGCAAUAAAGUAGACUCUUGCAGCCUAAA